AUGCCCAAGGUCACAAGACAAACAUCAGCAUGUGUCGACAGUGAUGAGCCCACCGAUCAUCCUUACGGCUUCGUCACCCUUCGCGAGAUUGAUGGCCAGCGUACAAACGUGCGCCUAUAUAUUGACGGACGCGUAUCAGGAACAUUCCCUGAUGGAAGCCUACCAGCAUCUCGCAGCGGAACUCCUUCCACACAAGGAGUAUCACACUCUAUUGCAUAA